GAGACUCUAGCAAGAAGAUCAUGCAGCCUUUGACUGUUGAUCACACGAUCCACGUCCAUAAGAUCGUGCACAAGCAGACCUUUAAGAAGCGUGCUCCUAAGGUCGUUCGUGCCAUUAAAGCCUUCGCCCAGAAGCAGAUGAAGACAGAGGAUGUCCGUAUCGAUACCAAGCUCAACAA